UAUAUGCACAUUCAAGACAUUUGCAAGUGCUCAGGCCUCUCUUAAAAGCUUUCGAUCCCUUUUAUACUAUAGAAGUACUAUAACAUCUCAUUUCCCUCUAGCCAAAAUGAAGGCAGGUCCCAUUGAGCUCGGUGAAGGAAGGCGUUCAGCCCCCAAAGCCGCGGUGAACAGAGGGGUGGCUAUACUUGACUUCAUCUUGAGGAUACUUGCAUUCAUUGGUACCCUGGGGAGUGCAAUUUCCAUGGCAACUACUAAUGAAACACUUCCUUUCUUCACACGGUUUAUUCGGUUCAGGGCCGAGUACGAUGAUCUUCCAACGUUCACGUUUUUUGUGGUUGCCAAUGGCGUUGUAAGCGCCUAUCUGCUUUUUUCUCUCCCACUUUCCAUCUUCAACAUUGUGAGGAGCAAAGCACAAAACAGUAGAAUUCUUUUGAUCAUCCUUGAUACGGCAAUGCUUGGUCUUUUGUCGGCCGGAGCUUCUGCAGCGGCAGCUAUUGUGUACUUAGCACACCGUGGGAAUGUGAGGACAAAUUGGUUUGCCAUCUGCCAACAAUUCAACUCCUUCUGCGAGCGUAUCUCUGGCUCCUUGAUUGGAUCCUUCAUUGGAGUAGUUGUGCUCAUACUGCUAAUCUCGUUGUCUGCAGUGGCUGUUUCUCGCCAUAAAUAGAUCACAAGUGCAUAAUAUGAUUGGUGCAAUAUUAAUAUCUGUCAGUUUAUGUUUGCAAGAGUGACAUUGUCGAGGAGUGUGACUUAUGUUAUCUUAUUUCCAAGUUUGUCUAUCUCAGCUUUGAUAUGUAAUGCAUGGUGUUCCAUUUUUUUUGUUUUUGUUUUUUUAUGUAUUAAUUUGCAAUGUCAAUGUUACAGUGACUACAACUCUUCUGUUACU